GUGGCAACUUCCGAGGUGAGUCCGGCUGCACCUUCACCGGAGAACCAGCCCGCAGCUCGUCCUGCUCGCCCCGCCGGCAGCUUCCCAGCGCCGCCGCCGGAGAUGAUGAUUCCCAGGCAGCAGGGACGCCCAGGUCACCCCACUGAGCCAUGAACGCCUCGGUGGCCGGCAGCCAGCUGAGACAGCCCGAGCCCCAGGACGUGGCCGCCUUCACCCCCGUCUCCAUCGUCAAGAGCGUGACCAAGAAAUCGGACGCGCUGCCGGUGAUCUCGGUGAUCGUGGUGCUCUUCGUGCUGCUGGCCGUGUUCAUCGUGCUGCUGGUGCACUACGGCCCCCAGCUGCGCACGGUGCAGGUCACGCUGCACCACGAGCCCAUGGCCCAGCACAUGGACAGCGUGCUCCUCACCGACUGGAGGCGCCUGGAUGCCCACGGCAAGAUGGGCUCGGCUGGAGUGACCUGCCACUGCUCCUGCAACCACCACCUUCCCCACGGGAGUGCUGAGCCCAAUGUCAUCGAGAUCACCUACCUGUGACACGGCCCGGGGCCACCCGGCCAGGGCUCGAGGGACGUGUCCCGCUGGAAAAGCUGGGGUGGGAUGUUCGGGUAUCCCAGGACUCGCUGCUGCCCACACACAGAGGCUGCACCUCCCCAGACCCGUGUGUGGUCCCAGGAAUGCUCAGCCAGAAGGUUCAAGACCCAUCUUCAGCCCCCAGAAGUCCAGCUCAGGGGUGUCACUGUCCCCAGGCAGGAGCUGGGUCCCAGCCUGGGCUCUGGGGCUGGCUCAGCCUGCGUGGGACAGCUUUAGCAUCUCUUCUGGUUUUACCUGCCCUGGCUUUACCUGUCCCACACUGCCUGGGAGUGGCCAGCAGAGCUGCCUUGGUCCUUGCCCCAGCUGGGGAGCUCUGGGGCUGUACUCAGUCCCCUGGCAGUAGCUGGAAGUUGCAUAAUCUGGAAUUGUUUUCCAGUGAAAGAUGUUUCCACACUCACGGUGUCCUCGUUACACUGUUUAUAUUGCACAGAGGAGCUUCCAGCUGCUCUUUGCUUCAUGCCACAUCCCCUUUUCCCACACUGGGGGGCUGGAACACUGUCCUGCCCCUGCCAGCCCCCCAGCCCCUCGGGCAAACAGCCAGAGCAGAGGAGGGCAGAGGAUGCAGCUCCUGAUCCCGUGUUGGGUGGAGUCAGUGACAGGGGACACGUGUCCUGUCCCCAAUGGGGGUGGGUGAGAGAAGAGAGGUGACACAGCAGAGGCAAGAGGUGAUAAUGGCACAUCACAGCUGGCUGAACAUCUGUAGGUGCUGGCACCAGAGGGGAAGCUCUCGUGACUCUGGACAGAGUCUGUAGCAUCUCUGUGCAAAGGGAUGGGAAGUCCUGAGAUCACCCCCACUGUGGUCACCCUCAGUGUGGUCACCCUCACUGAGGUCACCCCCACUGUGGUCACCCCCACUGUGGUCACCCUCACUGAGGUCACCUUCACUGAGGUCACCCCCACUGUGGUCACCCCCACUGUGGUCACCCUCACUGAGGUCACCUUCACUGAGGUCACCCCCACUGUGGUCACCCCCACUGUGGUCACCCCCACUGUGGUCACCCUCACUGUGGUCAUCUCUCUGUCCCCAUCCAUGAGUGCUGUCCCAAGGAGGGAGCAAUGGUGGGGUUGGCACUGUCACCCUCAGUGGGGUGAUGCUGAGAGGCUCUGUCACCCUGGGGAGAACCUUGUUGAGGUGCCACAGAGGGAUCAGGAGAGGUGAAACCGGAGCCCUGCAGGCUCCUGGGGCUGUCAGAGCACGGACCCUGUUCAGCCCUGGGGUCUCUACUGCUGGAGGUACCGGGAUCUCUGCAGUCCCAGACUCUCCCUGGGGAGGGAGCAGCCUCUGAGGCUCCCCCCGAGGAUUUAUUCUGCUGGACAGCCUCAGAAGUCAGGAUACAGCUUCCACCUCUCCCAUACUGGAAAAGCCAGGUCUGUGUCUGCCCUCAGAUCCCUGGCACAGAUCCCUGUGGGCACAGCUGGACAAGAGAUGGGCUUUACCUGUUCCUCCAGGAGCUGGAGGUAUUCCCGAUGUGCCAGAUGAUUCAGGAUCCCUCCUCUCACUUAUUUCCAGCCUUUCUUUUGCUUUAAAGCUGGACUUGCUGGAAACUUUUUGUCUCCACAAAAAACAUAAUUUAUAUUACUUUUUGGGAGGGUUGUUUUCUGUUUCGAAUUUGUUCCCAUUUGUUUUCCAGGGCUGAUAGGGCAUUAUCAGCUCUCUCACACCCGUGUUACAGGAGAUAAGGGCUGUCAUUUCCAUUGAAAAUUGUGGAGUCCUGCUCCCCUUUCCAUGUCAAAAGAGGGCUUUGUUUGCAAUGUGUACGUCCCUAACAGCACCCCUGAGGAGAUAAUCACCUCUAGGGACUUCUCCUAAUUAAGAAAUCCUCUCUGUAAGGGUGGGCAGGCCCUGGCACAGGGUGCCCAGAGCAGCUUUGCCUGCCCCUGGAUACCUGGCUGUGCCCAAGGCCAGGCUGGAUGGAGCGUGUCCCUGCCAUGGCAGGGGGUGGCACUGAGGUGGAUUGAAGGUCCUUUCCAACCAAAACCGUUCCAUGAUCUCUUUAAAUGACAUCUGUGGGUUGUGGUCACCUCCACCAAGAGCUGGGGACCAUCACAAGACGACCCCUUGUGACCGUCACAAGAUCUGCACUGUGACACCCAGAGAGGCUGCACUCUCCUCCUGGGGAUAUCAGCCAGUGUCACCCGCCCAGGCUGAGGCAGCAGAGUCGUCCCCAGCUUUGGUGGCUGUGUCAUUCCUGCUCAGGGAGCAGCUCCAUCCAGCACAAAGCCUUUAAUUAGGGGAACAGGAGCUUUCCUGGCAGCUCCCUCUGAAGGACACCCACAAAAGGGAAACGUCAUAUUUAGAGAAAAAAGAUUAAAAACGUCUAAAUAUUAAUAAAGGGAAAGACAGAAUGGGUAAUUAUUGCUGGCACUUAUUGAUUUGCAGCUGCUGGGGACUCGUAAAGGUCUGAUUGAUGUCACAACCCGGAUCCAUCACUUACCCUGUGCAGCACAGGGAGCCCACCCGGGCUGGUGUUCAGGUGUUUUGGGGCGUCAAACGAAAAUCAAAUCAAAGUGGCAGUGGAAGGUGGUGCUGCUGGGUGCCCCCUGCCCCUGUCCUGUCAGCAGCCUCCUGCACUCUGGGAGGAUCCAGCUCUGAAGCCCCAGCCUUGGGGAGUUCUUUCAUGUGUUUCAUUUGCAAACAGAAAUUUAGAUGCAAGCUUUUGGAGCACAGGAAAGAAAUUACUGUAAGACUUAGAAUAGCAAAUUAAAUCAUACAAGCGAGUGACAAUAUGCUGCCAGCUUUCUCCUCCAGAAGAACAUCAAGGGUUAGAUCUCAACUCAUUGCUUUCUCCCACACAAUAAAACAUCAUUUUUACA